CAUAUCACGAUGGAGGUCUCUCAGGUCUGAGUGACUUGUGUCGCGUAGACCAUGAGCACCCUUGCGCCUCACCAAUGACAAACGACCAUUAGAUUUCGGCCAAUAGGGGGUGAAGGUUCCGAUGAAUAGCUUUAAGCCUCAAAUCUCUGAGUACUUGAUUGGGGAUGAAACUGGGCCAUUCUCUUCUCUGCCAGGAACGAUCAAGGAAGGAACGGCUAAUGACUCGAGAGUGUUGAUGAAUGCAAUAACAAGAGAAGUGAAUAGGUUUCCAAUGCCUAAAGAAGGAAAAUAUUAUGUUGUUGAUUCCGGCUAUGCCAACAUGAGUGGGUUUCUUGCACCAUAUCACAAAGUGUGUUAUCACUUGCGUGAUUUUAGAGGAAGAGGUAAACGUCCAAGAGGAGCAAUGGAAUUGUUCAACUUUAGGCACUCAUCACUAUGUAAUGCUGUUGAACGAUGUAUUGGAGUGCUUAAGAAUCGUUUUCCCAUUCUAAAGUUGAUGCCAAAUUAUCCAAUUAGGAAGCAAAGACGCAUUCCCAUUGCAUGUUGUGCCGUGCACAAUUUCAUUAGAAUGCAAUCAAGGAAUGAUACAUUGUUUCAACAAUUUGAAGACAAUGAUGUUGAUGUGGUAGAUGAAGAAAGCUCGGGGACAAAUCAAGAAGGGGAAAACAUGCAUUUGAAUGACUAUAAUGUUAUGAAUGAUGUUAGAGACCACAUAGCCAGAUCAAUGUGGCUUGAUUACGUCAAUAACAAUUAGUCACAAAGUUUAUUGGUUUUCUAGAAUGUUUUAAUGUCAUAUUUAUUGUCUGACAUUUGAAGUUUAAUUUGA